AGGCAAAGUGAGCUGGGCUCAAGCGAGGAGGAAAGACGCAGACUCUUGGACAGACGGAGACAGCUCUCUUCAAUAACCACGUUUAUUUUUUAUUACAUAGAGAGUUUUGGACUCGAAAUUUAAUAUUGCGUGCGGUGGAUGUGAAAAGCGGGCAAAGGUUUAACACAGAGCCGAAGGAAUGUAUCCAAACCGGGCAGCGGCGAACAAGCGUCUCUGGAGAUGUCCAGCCUGCGCUCUCUGGAUCGCCCUGCUCCUCCAAAGUGCCCUGGACCUGAGCGCGUCUGGGUCUGAGUUUCCCCAAGAUCCCAGUAUGCAAGCCUCCACUUUGUGGAACACUUCCAGUGAUGGACCCCUCUUUAUCCGCCUUGAUGCUCCCAUGAACAACAUAACCACCUCUGUGGGCAACACGGCCGAUCUUUUGUGUCGCGUGUCCGGAAACCCGCCGCCCGCUGUGCGCUGGCUGAAAAAUGAUGCUCCUGUGGUACAGGAGCCACGACGGGUAUCCUACAGGUCCAUGGCAUUUGGGUCACGCCUCCGCAUCCGCAGCCUGGACACUACUGACACAGGCUACUUCCAGUGCGUGGCCACCAAUAGCCAGGGUUCUGUUUCCACUACAGGCGUGCUGUUUGUCAAGUUCGAUCCGCUCCCUACAUCUCUGCCAAGAGAGCCCACCAACGGGUUUCCUGAAGACGGAUUCUGCCAGCCGUACAGAGGCAUAGCCUGCGCCCGCUUUAUCGGCAACCGCAGCAUUUUUGUCGACUCGCUGCAGAUGCAGGGGGAGAUUGAGACCCAGAUCACAGCGGCCUUCACCAUGAUUGGGACGUCCAACCAUUUGUCUGACCGUUGCUCGCAGUUCGCCAUCCCUUCCCUCUGCCACUUUGCCUUCCCGACAUGUGACCGCAGCUCGGGGACCGACAAACCUCGAGACCUCUGCAAGGACGAGUGCGAGAUCCUAGAGAACGACUUGUGCAAGACCGAGUACAUCAUCGCCCGCUCCAACCCGAUUAUACUGAAGAGACUGAAACUGCCCAACUGUGAAGACCUGGCUGCUUCUGACAGCCCCGAGGCUGCCAACUGUCUGAGGAUCGGGAUCCCCAUGACAGAGCCCAUUAACAAGAAUCACAAAUGUUAUAACAACAGUGGGGUAGACUACAGAGGGACAACAAGUAUAACCAAGUCAGGGCGUCAGUGUCAGCCGUGGAAUUCCCAGUAUCCUCACAGCCACAACUACCAGGCUGCGCGCUACCCAGAGCUUAACGGAGGACACUCGUACUGCCGCAACCCAGGGAACAAACACGAGGCCCCCUGGUGCUUCACGUUGGAUGAGGGGGUCCGAAUGGAGCUCUGCGACAUAGCCCUCUGUGACCAUAAGGAGUCUGGAAUUGAGAUCCUGUACAUCCUGGUUCCCAGUGUGGUAAUCCCCUUAGCCAUCGCUUUGCUCUUCUUCUUCAUUUGCGUGUGCCGCAACAACCAGAAGUCCUCCAGACCUCCUGCAGCCCGCCAGCCCAAACCGGUUCGAGGCCAGAAUGUUGAGAUGUCCAUGCUCGCGACUGCAUACAAGCCUAAGAGCAAGGCCAAAGAGCUUCCACUGUCAGCUGUGCGGUUCAUGGAGGAGCUUGGAGCGUGUAAUUUAGGGAAGAUCUACAAGGGUCAUCUGUAUCUGCCGGGAAUGGACCAGGCACAGCUUGUGGCCAUAAAGACCCUUAAAGACAUUUCCAGUGCCCAGCAGUGGGCUGACUUCCAACAGGAGGCUGCAGUGCUGACCGAGCUUCAGCACCCCAACUUGGUGUGCCUGCUGGGUGUGGUUACCCAGGAGCAGCCCAUCUGCAUGCUGUUUGAGUUUCUGCCCCAAGGUGACCUCCACGAGUUCCUCAUCAUGCGUUCCCCGCACUCUGAUGUUGGCUGUAGCAGUGAUGAGGAUGGCACGGUGAAAUCCAGCCUGGAUCAUGGAGAUUUUCUGCACAUGUCCAUACAGGUGGCUGCUGGAAUGGAUUACUUGGCCAACCACUUCUAUGUCCACAAAGACCUUGCAGCUCGGAACAUUUUGGUAGGCGAACAGCUCCAUGUUAAGAUUUCUGACCUGGGUCUCUCCAGAGAGAUCUACUCCUCUGACUACUACUGCAUCCAGCCUAAAAUUGUGCUGCCCAUCCGCUGGAUGCCCCCCGAGGCCAUUGCCUCUGGAAAGUUCACCACAGACUCAGACAUCUGGUCAUUUGGAGUGGUGCUGUGGGAGGUCUUCAGCUACGGGCUGCAACCCUAUUACGGUUUUUCCAACCAGGAAGUGAUGGAGAUGGUGAGAAAGCGACAGCUGCUGCCCUGCCCUGAGGACUGCCCACCAAGGUUUUAUGGUCUGAUGACUGAGUGCUGGCAGGAAGGACCAGCACGCCGACCACGCUUCAAGGAUAUUCAUGCCCGCCUGCGAGCCUGGGAGGGACUGUCAUCCCAUGCCAGCUCCAGCACGCCCUCUGGUGGAGGAGGCAAUGCCACCACUCAGACCACAUCGCUCAGCGCCAGCCCCGUCAGCAACCUAAGCAACCCACGUUACGCUGCUGCUGCUGCUGCAGGGUAUCUCUACCCAGCCCAGGCUAUUCCCGCGCCGGGGCAGAUGGGUCCAGUCCCAGCAUGGACGCCCAUGGCUGUACCCCAAACCCACCAGCGUUUUAUCCCAGUCAACGGAUACCCAAUCCCACCAGGAUACGCAGCCUUCCCGGCUCACUUUGCACCCCCAGCUCCACCUACCAGGGUAAUCCAGCACCACCUGCCCCCUCCCAAAAGCCGUUCCCCGAGCAGCGCUAGUGGCUCUACCAGCACGGGCCACGUCAGUGGCGUGCCUUCCACUACGGGCUCCAACCAUGAUGCCAACACACCGCUGCUCUCCCACUGCAUCAUGCCGGGGAGCGGUGGAGGGCCAGCUCAGGUGUACGGACAAGUUUCCCAGAAGGGGGUGGGACCGGUGGACCACCUGUCCCAAACAUCAGCACUGCUAACCCCUGACUCUGAUGUGCUGAUGUACAAUGACUCAGUCAUCACUGCAGACCUGUAAAUAUUCAAUCUCUUUGAGCUUAGGACCCAGAUAUGAGACGUUUUGCCUCUCAACCAGUGACGCAAUAUCGCAGUUACUGAGACCCCGCAAUGAGAUGGAACUUGCCACACAUCUGGGUAUGCAAGAAACACUAAGUAGGAGAUAUAAACAGCUGUCUGACUCUGUAAUGCCUUACUGUUUAAAGCGUAUUUACCAUCACGGUUUGAAAUUGUUAUUUUAACCUCUGUAAAUACGGUACAUAGAUCCUGAAUGAAUGAGUGAAAUACAAAGAGAUAUAUUCAAAUGAACUUUUUAUUAAGUAAAACACUUUAAAGGUAAAAAACAAGCACAUCCUUCCAGUGGCCUUAUUAAAUAGUUUGUAUUCCAAUCAGAUAAAACAUUUUCCCAGUCAAUAGAUAGGAUGUCAGGGAGACAUGGACGUCCAUGUUGAUGACCUUUGGGUGCCUUUUUUUUAACCAGUUCAGUGUCUUGCUUGUCAACACAAAAAUGAGCUAUCCAAGGGAGCAAGAAUGGGAACAGCAGGUGGCCUUAUCGAGAAGCUCAACAGUGACCUGCUCCAAUAAAAGCCAAAAAAGUCUACAGGUGUCUUACUCCUUAGACUUCCAAAACGAAUCUUUAAUGUUUAUGGUAGCAUGCAUUGCAGCCACACCGCGAACAGCUAUGAAGAUAACUCAUCCAGGUACUAAGAAGUCCCUUCGAAAAUGACAGCUGAAUGUGUUUAUUUUCCCAAUUUUAUCUUGGCUAUCUGAGACGUCUGAGACAAG